CAUAAUCGAACGAACAUAGUCACUAGUGUUUCGAAAUCGGUCCAAAUUAUUAGAAUGUAUACUAAAUUAUGUGUUCGAACGUAGAAUCCGUAACCGAAAGGAAAACAGCACAGGAACACAUCCGAACGCUGGGAUAUCGGUUUGUCGCACGUCUCGGUGAAGGUACUUUUUCAAAGGUUUAUCUUACGGAAUACACCAACAAGCAAACCAAUACGGUGGAGAAGUUGGCUUGCAAGCUAAUCGAUAUGAUGCUUUGCAGUACCAAGUUCAAGCGCAAGUUUCUACCCCGGGAGCUGGAGGUUCUGUUGAGAGUUCACCAUCCGCACAUCAUUCGGAUUCAGGCGAUCGUUAAGUGUCACUCCAAAAUAUUCAUUUUCAUGCGUUAUGCCGAGUUGGGCGAUCUGCUGACGUUCGUGCUGGCGCACGGACCCAUCGGAGAGAACCAGUCCCGUAUCUGGAGCCGACAGAUGGCCCUGGCUUUGCAGUACCUGCACGAAGCGGGAAUAGCCCAUCGGGACUUGAAGUGUGAAAACAUUCUCAUAACGACAAACUUCAAUGUUAAAUUAAGUGAUUUCGGCUUUGCACGACAUAUUAUGAAAGACGGGAUGGUGACCCUGAGCAGUACGUUUUGUGGUUCGUUCGACUAUGCUGCCCCGGAAAUAUUGAAGGGACAACCGUACGAUGCGAGGGCUUCCGAUAUGUGGGCCUACGGUGUGCUGUUGUACGUGAUGCUAAACAAAUCAAUGCCGUUCAAAGGAAAAACGAAGAUGGUGUUCGAACAACAAAUGGCAAGAAAGUGGCAGUUCCGAUCGAGGGUGCGCCACAAGCUGUCCAGUCAGGUCAAGUCGUUGGUAGGAAAUUUGCUGGAGCCAAAUCCCAUCAUUCGAUGGUCGGUGGCCGAGAUUUUAAUUAGCGAUUGGUUCAUGAAUGUGCCCAAGCUUAGAGCGCUGAACAUGGACGAGUUCGACGCUCUUGCGAAAGCUCGGUCAUCGACUAGGAACUCUCGUGAUAUUCUGGAUGUUCAGUCCAAGCUGAACGUGUCGGACAGCGAUGUUAUCACAACCAUAAAGGAGACGGCCGGAGAAAGUGUCGAAAUUUUUGAAUCAAAACAUUCACUGAAAACGUCGACAAUACAGUUACUGGAAGGGGAAUCUACCGAUGGGUGCGCAAAGAAGGAUGACCAGGAGGACGGGCAGUGUUCUUUGGAGGUUAGGAACGAUGGCUUGUGAAAUGCAUGGGACUAUCAUCUCGAUUCGGCUGCAGCAAGCCUCAAUAGUUUUAUGAGGAUGCCACUUGGUUAACAAAAGUGCUUGCACUGGAUGGGAAUUUAUUUUCUAAUGUAUUUCAUUAUUGUGCAGAAGAAGGCUUUUUACAAUUUUUGAAUUUCGAUUUUUGGGAAAUAAAUGAACAAAAUAAUCUUUUCUACUUGAAUACUUCGC